AUGGGGCUGAUUGCAACCGUGGGUAGAAUCCGUCUGGUCGGAGGUUCCGGUCCGAACGAAGGGCGUGUGGAGGUCCGGCCGGAAGACAGUUUCACCUGGGGCACAGUUUGCGACACCCAUUUCGACAUGAGGGACGCUGACGUUGUUUGCAGAAUGUUGGGCUAUCUCAGAGCCAGCGGAUUUAAUGAACUUGCCGAAGAAAAUCAAGGAAACGGGCCGAUCUUCAUGGAUGACUUACAAUGUGCUGGGAACGAGAGUAGCCUGUUCAACUGCUCGUACGCAGAUCCUAGCAGAGUACGUCUUGUCGGAGGUUCCAGUGAAAACGAAGGGCGUGUGGAGGUCCGGCCGGACAACAGUUUCACAUGGGGCACGGUGUGUCAGGACCAGUUUGACAUGAGGGACGCAGACGUUGUUUGCAGAAUGCUGGGCUAUCCAAAGGCUUACCAGGUUCGCACUGAUGCCAACUUCGGCCAAGAUACCAUCAGAAUACGCCUUACUGGAGGUUCCGGGCCAGACGAAGGACGUGUGGAGGUCAGGCAAGACGGCGGUUUGACCUGGGGGACGGUUUGUCAGGACUAUUUUGACAUGAGGGAUGCAGACGUUGUUUGUAGAAUGCUGGGCUUCCCAAGUGCUCAGGCAGUUCGUAAUGAUGCCUUUUUCGGCCAAGCUUAUGGCUUGAGGUUGGACCACGCUGGGGGAACGUGUAUUGGCUCAGCCAUAGUCAUAGAGGCACAAUCCGCGUAUGCCGGAAUCAUGGAUCCUUCAUCAAGACACUUCUGA